AUGUCCCAACACCAAUCGCGUGGACUGCCAGUGCCUCAACGGUUAUCUAGUCUGUCCUCGUCAAACGAAUCGAUUACCCGCAAAUCCCACAGAUCCCCUCUCUAUGGCCUCAAUAGUAUCCUCGCAGAGCAUUCCCAGGGUGCCCCGAGGUAUACGACGAACAACAAUAUCAUUGUCGAUAACGUCUUUCAGCGAAAAUUCGGAAAGACUGUCCGGACAGCAAGGCAGUUUGAAUUGCGUUUAUCGUCCGCCAACAGAGAAGGAGGAAUUGAAGGAAGAGUAGAAGGAGGAGGUGGUGGAGAAGGAAGAGGAAGCGGAGCACUGAGCGGAAACUUGAGCCCUCGAGCUACAGAGCGAGUUACUAUCAAUUCCCAAAAGCAAUUGCGCCAAAGGGCGUCUUCGCCGCUUUUGGGUGACCGAUAUCAAAACAAGUAUCACGAGUCACUUCUGUCCUUUCAUGCAGAGGUAAACCCCGCCCUGCGUGUGCCCGACUCACCGUCGGCCCUAUGCUCAUCUCACGAUCCUUUGACCUUUCCAUCAACCGUUUCACAGCUGGCGCACGCAGAGGCACAUGCGCAAUCCCAAUCUCAGACACAGACGCACAACCAGUUGCAGAAUCAGAUACCGGCAUCGUACUCCUCCAGGGAUCUCACAUUUAGAAACAAUAGCUAUCUAGCCAACUGGCUGGCCGAUUCCAAUUUGCCGACAGACCUUGAGCCUUCUGAACCAUACUCACAAGCCCAAAAGACAGCGUCAAAAGUCAAGCAUCGCCCACCCAUGAUCGAUCUAUCACACCUUUUCCCCAAACCCAGCGAUCCAGCUGCUAUUUCGAGCAUGCCGUUAUUGUCUCCACAUCGUUUAACAAUGUCUCCUUCACCUAUUUCUUUGCUGUCAGACACCUCGUUUGGUGGGCAACAGUGGAAACUUGGCAGUUUACACAAUACUGGGAAUAAAUUGACCAAGACGCCAAGUAUCAAGGAGCUGGCCGCCCUUCACAAACUAUUUGAACAGAAACAGCAGCAGGAGGAACUUCAACAUCGUUCUCCAAUAUCACCUCAAUCCCCAUCGCAACAGUACGAUCAGAGCCUUUACGGGAAGCAGCAUUUGAAACCGCGGCAGAAGCAACAACAGAUACCACAGGAGAAAGAGUCGUUUUUCCAACGCCAAAAACGGGACAAGAAAAGGCUGGAAGAAGAACAGCCUCAACGGCGGGUUCAGCAGGAAAAAGAACACUAUUUCCAACGCCAGAAGCGUGAGAAACAACGGCGGAAGGAAGAGGAACAGUCUUACCAAUGCCAGAAAGAAGAGCAGAGACAGCAGGAACAACGCGAUCAGCUGCAACUGCAACAACUUCAGAAACAACGACAAAGAGAAUUGCAAUCGCAGUCUUACGAAUUCCCAUUCCAGAGGAAGCGCCCCGGGCCACGAAAGAAAGCUGUUGAGUGGUUCGAUGGGCCAGAGGGACAAGUUAGUAGUGGUGACGACGAUGAAAACGAUGGAGAACCCGAUAACGGGGGCGGGGGGAAGUCCAUCCAAUACGCCACCCAAACCCUACCUGCGACAAGGCAGCCUGCCCCUCGGGAGUCUAUCUAUUCCCGCGGGAGCAGUAAUCGGGCUAGCGUGAAUUCAAAUGCGCUGAGCGGAGUUUCAAGAGCCUCAAGCCGAACACUAAUACUCUCUUCCACCCCUAACCCAGUAAAGAAAUAUACACCUGAAUCCCACAGUAACCUCAGCCCUUUCUUCAGUUUCGAAACCAGCAACUUCUACUCCUCUCCCCAUGACUGGGAGUUUGGAAGUAGGGCCAGCCCGGCUGUCAUAAAAGAAUCGGCUUCGGCCUCUGAAGGGCUGUCCAGGAAGAGCAGUAAGGCUGCUCUAAAUAGAUCAGACCUCAACGAGGCUAGCGUUCUCUGUCUCUCUUCCUCAGAGGAUGAAACCGAAGAGGAGGAAUUGGGGGGGAACACGCCCGCCCGGCGAGGAUUUAUAAUACGUGAUAGCAUUGCCACAUUUGACGAUGAGGGUUCAGAGAUCUGCACCGCGACAGCGAAAGCUGUUGCUGCGGCUAAAGGUGGCCCAGUCGUGUCUAGAAUCCGAAGCGCUAACUUUCGAUCUCCCCGAGCCUCAGAGGCGACGGAGCCAUACCCACAAUCACUUUCCCGGAAUCGCUCAAACUCGUCUAUACUGAGAUCCCAAAACUAUCGUCCAUCGAAUGGGAUACCCACAAUAUCUGAACCAGAAGAACCAACUGCACCUCCUUCAUCUGCACCAGCCACUACAACCACAAACACCUCAACUUUCGAUUUCCAACUCCCCCAUCCACAACCCCGCCCCCGGACUCGGGAGAGUAGCACCCACCAAUCCCCCCCGCCCACAAACCGUCGUAGUCGCUUCAUAGCGGUAACCAGACAAGAAGAGCAGUUCCUCGAAGCUAUCAGACGUCAGCACGGGAAUAUCCCACCCAGCUUCUCUAUCACAGAUACAUCCACCCCCAGAACCUCAAACACCAUUUCUAACCCACCCCGAAAAUCCCCCUCUUCCUCAAGAGACCACUCACCCUCCACCAACCAAUCCAAAGCCGCCGCCGCCAACACAUCAUUCCUCGCGUUGAGUCCUGAACUCCCCCGAGCCCGGAGUAACAGGGAUAGCCUUCACAUAUACCCAAUAACAACGGCAAGUGCCAGCGCUUCCGCCACCACUGAAAGCGGCGAAAGGUCCCUCUCGCAUCACCACACUCUAUCCGUAUCCGAUGGCGAGCGACACUCCAACCCCUCACCGCGUAUUAGCCUCGUGCAGUCUGACACACUCCCAUCCUCCUCGAAGAGCUGGGCAUCACCGCCCUCUCCAACGGUAGAACAGUAUACUCCCCCGAGACAACAACAGCACCAGCAGCAUCAGAAACAGCACAAUCCUACCCCACGCACGCUGAUGCACGCACAGCCACUAUCGUCCUACCCACUCUCCUCGUCACUGCUGCUGUCAACCCUGUCAGCACACUCACACUCACAUUCACGCUCGCCAUCAACCCCGCCAUUAUCGGUCUCUGCCGCCGCUGCUGGCAGCAGCAGCGGUAGCGCUCCGGCACCGGUGACGCCCGAGGAAACGAAGCGUCAUUCCCGAUCAAGGACGGAUAGCAGUGAUGCGAUGGCGUUUGGAGACGGGGAUGUGGAUUACAAAAGGGAUAGUUCAGGGUUGGACAUGGAUGCUGCGGAUUUGCCGAUUUGGGCGUUGGGAUGGGGGAAUGAGACGCCCGGGUUGGCGGUUGUGCAUUGA